AUGGCCUGGAGCUUGCACGGGAAAGCCCAGCUUGGGGGACUGCUCCUCUCUCUCCUUGGCUGGGUCUGCUCCUGUGUCACCACCAUCCUGCCCCAGUGGAAGACUCUCAAUCUGGAACUGAACGAAAUGGAGACCUGGGUCAUGGGGCUUUGGGAGGUCUGCGUGAAUCAGGAGGAAGUUGCCGUGUGCAAGGCCUUGGAGUCCUUCUUGACUCUGCCCCGGGAGCUGCAGGCAUCCCGCAUCCUCAUGGUAGCCUCCCACGGGCUGGGCUUGCUGGGGCUCCUGCUCUCUGGCUGUGGGUCCGAAUGCUUCCAGUUUCACAGGAUCAGAUGGGUAUUUAAGAGGCGGCUUUGCCUCCUGGGAGGGACUUUGGAAGUAUCAGCUUCAGCUGCUACCCUCUUUCCAGUCUCCUGGGUCGCCCACGCCACGAUCCAAGACUUCUGGGAUAACAGCGUCCCUGAGAUCAUGCCUCGCUGGGAGUUUGGAGAUGCCCUCUACCUGGGCUGGGCUGCCGGGGUUUUCCUGGCCCUUGGUGGGUUACUCCUCAUCUUCUCAGCCUGUCUGGGAAAAGAAGAUGUGCCCUCUCUCCGGAUGGCUGGCACUACAGCCCCACCAUUCUGUGCCCCAGCGGAUGAAUCCAAUGACUCCUUCUAUCUAACACCAAGACCUAGGAACCUGUUCGUCUAG